GUCGGCCAGAAAAACCAGAGCGAACAGAACUGAAAGAAUCUGCUGCUUUUGCUGUUUUUGGAGGAAAAGCAGCAACUGAACGACAGAGAGAAGAUGAAACCAAUAGUGCUAGUGCCUAAACACAAGUUAAGGAUACUCGCCAAAGUUACAGCUGAGGCCUUCAACCAGACCUACAACCCUACGUGUGCCAGAACCGGCGCCAAAUACUUGAGAAGAAACUUGAAAGGUCCUACCAUUGCCAGUUACUAUGGUCCAACAGAUUUCCCAUCUUUCAAGGAGUAUAAGAAAUUGUUUCCUGAUGUUACUUUAUACGAUGAUAAAGAAGACCAUAGGUUGAAGAAAGUGGCUGCUUUGAAGAGAAGAGGUAAAGGUGCUCCUCCAAAGAAGAAAGCUGGUCCUGGCGGAGACAAAAAGAAGAAAUAAUUCUAUUCUUGAAUCUCCAUAGCUUUGCUUGUACAUAACCAGUGCCAGUUAUUGAUUAAAAAAUAAACCAAAAACUAUAUAUAUUUCUAUUUAAUUACUGCAAUAACAGUUAAAUAAUUCUUUUCUAAACAGCAAAAUGCUUUUAAUACAGAUUUCAUUUCCAUCAUUCUUUUUAAGCCGAUCAACAAGUUGACUGUCAGAGUUUUCUUUAUUUUUAGGGUUGUAAUUAUUAUAAGUAUUGUAUAUGAAGAUUUCUUUAAAAAAUUCUAAAUUAAACGAAUUUUUAAUGCUGUUUUUAAUUGAUAAAUAAUAGUAGG